UUUGAGUUGGUUGGAAACAAUCUUCCUCAAAGACCUAUUUUAACUCUGAAGUACACACUUUUUUGGAUUUAAUUACUUUACAGUGGUCAAGGAGUUGUCAGCUGCACUGAUUACAUUUUUAACUAAAAUUUUGAAGCAUCUUUUGAGGAGUCACCCAUGAGCAAUAAUGUGUUUAUAGCGUGUGUGGUGUGAAGGUGAAAGAAUGGAAAUCAACAUGGUACUGGGAGGUCAGGACAGCGUGCUGUUGGCUAGCAGUCCUGACCACACAGUCAGCCGUCUUAAACAUCCCUGUGAGGAGCAGGAUCGGAGCUGCAGCCCAUCUGUCCUGCACUCUCUGAGCAGCACAUGGAAGGACGGCCUUCUGAACCGGAAACGGCCAUUCGUAGGAAGAUGCUGUCACUCCUGCACACCCCAGAGUCAGGGGAGACUUUUUAACUCCAGCAUUCCUUCAUUAGGACUUCGCAAUGUAAUUUACAUCAAUGAGACACACACAAGACACCGAGGCUGGCUGGCCCGGAGACUCAGCUAUGUGCUGUUUGUCCUGGAGAGGGAUGUAAAUAAAGACAUGUUCGCCCGCAACGUGGUAGACAACGUCCUCAACAACACCAGGGUGCAGAGCGCUAUAGAGGAGGUGGCAUCAGAGACUAGAACAGACCAGAAGGCUGUUAACAAAGUGAGGCGUAAGGCCAGAGGCUUCCUGCAAGAAAUGGUAGCCAACAUCUCGCCUAGCCUCAUCAGGUUGACAGGAUGGACAUUGUUGAAGCUGUUUAAUGGCUUCUUCUGGAGCAUCCAGAUCCACAAAGGACAGCUGGAGAUGGUGAAGAAAGCUGCAACUGAGUACAAUGCUCCACUAGUCUUCCUGCCUGUGCACAAGUCUCACAUUGACUAUCUUCUCAUUACCUUCAUCCUUUUCUGUCACAACAUCAAAGCCCCGCACAUUGCAGCUGGCAACAAUCUCAACAUCCCUAUCUUCAGCACAUUGAUUCGCAAACUGGGAGGAUUCUUUAUUCGCCGUAAAAUGGAUGAGACCGCAGACGGAAAGAAAGAUGUUCUUUAUAGAGCUCUGUUACAUGCGUACAUAGAGGAGUUUUUGCAGCAGAAGCAGUUUUUGGAGGUUUAUUUAGAGGGCACACGUUCACGCAGCGGAAAGCCGUCUCCAGCUCAUGCUGGCAUACUGUCCUUCGUGGUGGAGACCCUGUGUUCCGGUGUCAUUCCAGACGUGCUCAUCGUGCCCAUUGGCAUCUCCUACGAUCGCAUUAUUGAGGGCAACUACAACAGCGAGCAGCUGGGAAAGCCCAAGAAGAAUGAGAGCCUAUGGGGAGUGGCCUGUGGCGUGUGGAGAAUGCUCCGGAAGAACUAUGGCUGUGUGCGUGUGGACUUCACUCAGCCUUUCUCUCUCAAGGAGUAUCUUGACACGCAGCGAAGUCGAAAUCUACCUGCUCCGCUGACUCUAGAGCAGAUCCUCAUCCCUACCAUCAUUGCAGCUCGACCCGAUGAGGCCGUGUUUAAUAGAGAAGAAGAAGAACACCCGGAUUCCCGAGAGCUGUCUGACGAGCCCUGGAGAAGGCAGGUCAUCUCUAACCUGGCCAAGCACAUUCUCUUCACCGCCAACAAGUCGUCAGCAAUUAUGUCUACUAACAUCGUGGCCUGUCUCCUGCUGUACAGACACAGACAGGGUGUGCUGUUGUCCAAGCUGGUGGAGGACUUCUUCAACAUGAAGGAAGAGAUCCUUUCGCGGGACUUUGACCUUGGUUUCUCGGGGAACUCUGAGGAUGUGGUGAUGCAUGCGAUCAACCUGCUGGGAAACUGUGUGAAUGUGACCAGCACUAACAGGAACACAGAGUUUAUCAUUGCACCAAGCAACACUGUGCCAGCACUCUUUGAGCUCAACUUCUACAGCAACGGCCUCUUCCACGUCUUCAUUGCUGAUGCCAUCAUAGCUUGCAGUGCUCUGGCCAUGCUGAGGGAGCAGGUCACAGAAGGUGAACUCGGCACAUCGUCCACUCUGCUGAGUCAAGAGAGACUCAUUUGCCGUGCAGCAGGACUCUCCCACUUCCUCUCCAAUGAGGUGAUGGUUACCAUGCCGUGUCAGACUGUCUACCAGGUGUUCCAUGAUGCUGUGACCAGACUGAUCCAGUAUGGAGUGCUUAUUGUUGCCGAGGUUGAUCAGGAGGAACUGAGCCCCUCGGAGGAACCCUGGCCUAAGAAGUUCCCAGAGCCUCUGUCCUGGAGGAGUGAUGAAGAAGAUGAGGACAGUGACUUUGGAGAGGAGCAAAGGGACCGAUAUCUGAAGGUGAGCCCAUCGUCUGAACACCAGGAGUUUUUCACAUUUAUGCAGCGAGUUCUCAGCCCUGUGCUGGAAGCUUACAGCGGGGCAGCCAUAUUUGUACACAGCCUGCUCUCGCCCAUGGCAGAGAGGGAGUACACGCAGAAGCUCUUCAAAUACCUGCUCACACGCACAGAGAAAGGGGUGGCAGCUUAUGGAGAAAGUGCUACACACUACCUCGUGAAAAAUACAGUCAGAACGUUUAAGGAACUGGCGGUGCUGAAGGAGCGCUGUGAGAACGGUGUGUGUCAACUGGAGCUGAGCCCUACGUUCCAAACUCAGGCCAAUAGGAACAAGCUCAUACAAUACAUCCUGGGCUUUUGCCUGCUGUGAGUCAUCGAAUUCACUUCUCCAUCUCACUCAAGGGCUUCUACAGGCUACAACAAAUAUCAAAAAGGUGCUAUUCUAUGGAAGAUUUACCUAGAAGUGCCUUCAGCAAACACCUAGGACUGGGCCAAGCCUAACUUAGGCAAUUCAUUUCCUUCACACCUAUGAGGAUGGAUAUGCAGCUAAGUCACUCAGUCCCUGAAAAACCACUCAGACAGCUGUGAUCAUCACUGUUGUCUGGUUUUUGUUUUGCUUUUGCUUUCGGGUUCCUUUUCAUUAUUUUUAGCUUAGAAAAGUAGAGGAAUGUGUCACUUUCUAUAUACAUGUUGCCUUCAAUCUAGACCAGUGUACUUCAAGGAUCUCCGGCAUAGAUAAUACAUUUUAAGGGCAUUAAACUGACUAGAAUUGCUGGGGAGCCUGUAGAUAGAAAGUGUAGCUCCUAUAUUUCACUCUCCUUUACAUGUAAAUAAAUAUUUUACCCAUUUAACAAAAAAUUCUGUUUAACCCUGGUAAAAAAAAGUAGAUGACUUGUGAACUGUUACCUUUUCCUACACACAUUAAAUUAGAGACAUGAAAAGGACACGGAUUAAACCUUGGUCUAUAUUUCUCUGAAGAAGUAGGCAUGUAAUAAUCGCAUGAAAUAAUUGUCUGAAUUUUGGGAAACUGCUUCAAACGCUGGACCCGAGACACAGAGGCUCUAUUUCAAAUUGAAGGUACAAGAGUUACAGUACAAACAUUCAGUAAAAAGGCAGAAGAGAUGUAGAAUUUGGAUAUUCUUAUACAUUUGCUGAAUGGAGAAAAUAUCAAAGAUAUCAUGAUUUGUUAUGAGCAGUAGUAGUGUUAUUAGUAGUGGUAUGUCUAAGCAAAUUCCCACAGGAUGUUUUAGCCAAUGCUUUACUUCUGUAAAAAUAAAGCUGGGUACUUUUUAUGCAGCAGAAAGUAAGAUGUAGCUGAGUCAUGACAAUGAGGUAAUGUUUGACUAAUAACUAAAUGUUAGACUGUAACAGGACAAAUUAUAAAAAUACCUAAAUACCUGGUUUUUUUCCCCCCAACAUAUGAAGGCAUUUAGAAAGAAAUGCACUUUAAUAGAUAUGUAAAAUAUAACUCAGAUCAUGUUUUUUUUUUUUUUAACUUUUUAUGUGAAAUUUGCAGGAGCUUAAGAAAAUGACUUAUUGUGUAGCGUAUUCGAACCCAAAAAGGCUUAUCCCUUUUUGUCAUACACAAUAUUUACAUUUUAGGAAUUAAAAAAGUCCUUUGAGGUUGGUGCUUUUACUGUUUUACUGUGCGUGUAUCACAUUGCUGAUUCUGUUAUAAAACACCCGUUGAUCACGGUUGAAAACAAAAGGUUUUCUUGAUAAUUACACACAUCAUAAGCUACAGCACUGGAUCCUUCCACCUAAUUUUCAGUCUUUUUGAUCUUAUUGGUUUGUUUGUGGCAGUCACAAUAUUUUACUCAUGAAUUAAUAUUCAUAAAGAAUGCCUUUGAUAUUCUUUAGUCUAGUGCACUACGUUUUUGUUUUCUCAUUUACUGCAAUGAAUCCUGCAGCUAAUAAACUGAAAGUUGGUGGUUUUUUAAAUGCCUAAAGAAUGUGCAAAAUGUGGUAUGUUACUUGUGUGCAUGACAUCAUUUUUUGGUUUUACUGUACUGUGAACUUUUUGUAAUCGAGAGAGUUUCUUGUGAAGCAGCAGAACAAAUUCUUGGGAAUGUAUAAAGGGCAAUUUGUCUGCAUAUGUACAGUACCUAAUUCUAAAAAAAUAAUUCGUAUGUUUUAAAAUGCUUUAUGGGCUGCUUAGAUGAAAAACAAUUAUAUGUCUGUUAAAUGCUUGUUUGCCUGACUUUUCUUUUUUCUUUUUUGGCUUGGCGCGGCACAGAAAUUGUAAGACUUUUGCCAAAACAUACUUGUUAAACAGAGCAAAAAUGAUUAUAUCUGAAGAGUUGCUUAUACAUUCUAAGUGAAAACCUUACAAAAGCUGAAAAAUUUCCCCCAGUGAACAAUGCUGUGCUCUAUAAUGUUAAUAUUCAUAGCUAGUAAUGUAUUAUAAAUUUAGAAACAUAAGUGACAACAUAGUAAAUGUUUUAAGCCCCAGUGGGCUGAGCAGCUCAUAAUGUUGAAUAUUCUUCACAUCCUAUCUGAUCAAUAAGCAUUGUUAAAUACAGUGUCAGAAGUGUCGAGUGAAACAUUUGAUCAAAACUAAACUGCUACUCAUCUUUCAUGCCUGUAAAACAUUUUCAAAUGUACAGAUUUUGGUUUCAAAAUAAUCAUCAAUUAAACAGUAGAGAAAUA